GGAGGAGUCGGGGACGCGCAUCCAGCUGCCUGUGUGAUCUCUGCGCUCGUUCACGAGCAUGUAAACACCUGACCGCUGCAGGAGACAGAGUCGGCUGAUUAUUUUUCAUAGAAAACCAGGCUCCUCUGCAAACCCUCCUGUUGAUUGCACAGCUGUGUUUCCUCCGAGCAGAAUGGCGGAUGAGGAGGCGUUUGUAUCAGAGGAUCAGCCUGUGGACAGCGGCCUGCUGCGGGACUACAGGCGGCGGACUCGCCUGUACUGCAUGAAUGGCGGACAUCACCUCCAGAUCCUCCCCGAUGGGACAGUGCGGGGCCAGAGGGAUGACGGGGACGUUCACACUGUUUUAAAGCUCAAUGCUGUGGACAGAGGCGUAGUGGUCAUCCAGGGAACAGAAGCCGAGCGAUAUUUGGCCAUGAGCGAUGAAGGGCGAUUGUUCAGUUCACCCACAGUAACUGAUGAAUGUUACUUCCUGGAGAAGUUGGAGGAGAACCACUACAACACAUAUCUAUCUCAGAAAUAUCAGGAGGGCAACUGGUACGUGGCUCUGAAAAAGAACGGAAAACCUAAACUGGGUCCAAGGACUCACAUUGGACAGAAGGCCAUCUUCUUUCUGCCCCGACAGCUGCACGACUCCGGGGAGUGAAGACACUCGUCUCCACACACAGCGAUACCUCAACACAAACGGAUGUGAAGCUGCUCCAGGUUGGACUGGUUUCUGUUGAAAUACACCUAUUUCACCAUUUUAGUUCAUGAACUGGGACCAGAAGACACGAAGAAGUGGUGUGACGAGGUGCAGGCAAGACCAAAUGUAGCUCUGAUGCAUUAUUAGGGGAGGGACCAGCUACUGUUUCGUCCAAAUAUUAGUCUUAAUGUGCAUGUCAUCUUCUUGUUGUUCACUAACUCAACGUCCCAUUUUAUUUGGCUUCUUAGUGCACAGAAGAAAAUGUAAGACACAAAACAAGAAGACAGUCUCAUCAACAGACACAGCAACUGAGCCAACUGAUUUAAUCUGAAUUAGUGGUUCUCAGACUAGAGAUGAUUUUGUUGGAUGUAGAAAGUACAAUAAUAUUCUAUAAUAUAUAUACUUUUUUUUAAAAACUCUGCACAUAGUAAAGCAUAGUGUUAGCACAUUUUUUUGUAUCUAAAUAGCUUAUCAUCUUAAAAUUGUUUCCAGAUGUCAGUGACAUUUGGUGGAAAGUCAGGCCAGAGGCAGGAAGUAACUCACCAUUGUGACCAACAGUUGGAAAAAUAUUACAAAUGUUCCAUUUUCUUGUAAACUACUGCACUUGAAUGAAGAAUGACACAUGUAAACCAUUGUUUGAAAAUUUAGCUGUCUUGGUGGAGGUCAUGUGCUCCGUUUUCUGCCUUGCUCUCAAGAAGUAACGCCUCGGCAGAUUAGAAGAGAAAAAUAUCAAUGAACAGCUCGAACGGGGCUGUUAGGCCAGUCACUGCUCUGUCACAAGCUGAAAAGGUAAAAGAACUGUUUCAUAUUACCAACAGUUACACUUUGCUGCCACUUGGUGCCACUAAUGUGUAAAAUUGUACAGUGAAUCAUUAAACAUACAUACUGUAAA